AUGGCCUUUAGUGCAGACUCAGAGGUACUUGAGUACAUGAGAUCAGGCUCAGAAUUAGAAGUUCUCAACCGUUUCCCCCGAGUGAAAGCUGUGUUCAUGAAAUACAACACUGCCACACCAUCCAGUGCACCGAUUUUGGGAGAGAGUGCUGCCAGCAAAGACGGGGCAGGUGCAACUGCCACUUCAGAUCCUGAUGGAGAUGGAGACAUCUCUACAAUGGACCCUGAGCCAGAACUGGUCCAUCGUGGAUCACAGUGCAACAUAAGAUGUUUACAUCGUUCAUUAGGUGUUCAGGUAAAGCCUCAGAUGGUGGAUGUGGGGACUCAAACCGAAAGGUUUGAGCAUCGCAGAUCAACUCCACUGGCCAGUCCUGAACAAAGUGAUGAUGAAUGGUCAUUUUCUUAUAUUGUCAACCAUUCUGGUGAUAUGUCAUGGAGUCCAGGGGAGGAGAUGUUGAGAGAGUCCUCUGAGGAGGAACCAGAAGAGCUGGAAUCUCUCAGUGACCCAAAUGCUGUUGACAAGUUCAUUGUUUGCCAGAGGCAGUUGCUGUCCUUGUUCACAGUUUGCCCUGCAUGCUGUGGGGAAACCCAGGGACACAUAAUGCACCCGGAAGGAACUUUUAUAAAAGUCAAGCAGACCUGCGGAACUUGUGGCUAUGAGCGUUACUGGCAAAACCAAGAGAAGGUGCAUCGAAACAUGCCUGCCUGCAACCUUUUACUCAGCGGUGCCAUCCACUUCUCAGGUUGCAUGGCUACUCAGACAAUCAGGAUGCUGAAGCUGUUUGGACUGCAGUGCAUAAGUCCCGGCACUUUUUUCUGCCAUCAGCGCUAUUACACUAUCCCUACCAUCGUGCAGGCCUGGAGGAAUGAGCAGAGUGGGAUCAUCAGGGAGUUGAAGGAGACUGGGGGUGGAUUGAUCCUGUCUGGUGACUGCAGGUAGA